UGGCUCUUCAAUUGUAGGGGUCGUAAGACCCAUCAGAGGAGUCGAUCGCAUCAAAAGUUAUCCUUAUUAAUCCCUUAUUCGAAGUUAAACAACAGCUCAUGAGGAUGAACCCUCCGGAAGUUUGAGGCGUUCUACCCCAUGCCACGGCUGCACAACACCGAUUUCACGACCAUACAAAGGUGGUAUCUUAUGGCUGCGGCGUAGGGGGAUUUGUGCCGCAAGCAAAUAAAUGGUAACCCCAGGGAGUUCAGGAGUGCGCUGUUCGUCACUGCGCCUCCCUAUCACCCUUUCACCAAAUGCCUUCAACAGCCACUUCAUGAUUUCUUCAAGAUGCCGUCAACGAAGCUCUCUGUUUCUUCUACCCUCCCUCUCCCUAACUCAGGAAACAGCAUCCCGAUCCUCGGAUUUAGUGUCUAUCAGGCCCAGCCACCGACCUGUGUAUUGUCCUGCCUUAAAGCCUUCAGCGCCGGCUACCGCCACAUCGACACUGCGCAAUACUACGGCAAUGAGAUCUCGGUUGGUCGCGCGAUCCGCGAGUCAAAGCUUCCCCGUUCAGAGCUCUACAUAACAUCCAAGAUACUCUAUGCUGGGAAAGACAUUGAAGCGACGUACAGGAUGGUAUUGGAGAGCAUCACAAACCUCGACGAUGAAGAUGGUUACAUCGACUUGUUCCUCAUCCACAGUCCGAAUGGCGGCGCAGAGAGUAGGAAACUUAUGUGGCUUGCGCUAGAAGAGGCAAGGGAGGACGGGAAGGUUCGGGAUAUCGGUGUUUCGAACUAUGGUAUCCAGCACAUUGAAGAGAUGAAGGAGUUCGCGAAGGUUUGGCCCCCGAGUGUCAACCAGAUCGAGCUUCAUCCUUGGUGCCAACAGCGCGAGAUCGUCGAGUAUUGUAAGAAGAAUGAAAUCGUCAUCGAAGCCUACUCCCCGAUCGUCCGCAACCAAAAAGACCACCACACGACUCUGAUCGGUAUUGCUGAGAGACUGCACAAGACUACCAACCAAAUCCUCAUCCGAUACUCUCUACAAAAGGGAUGGAUACCUCUUCCAAAGAGCGACACCAUGGCCAAGAUCACGAGUAAUGCCGAUGUGUUCGGCUUUGAGCUGACCGAGGAGGAUAUUGCUCUGCUGGACGAACUUGACCAGGGACGGGAGGGCGCGAUUGUGCAGGCUGUGAAUAACUGAGAACAGGGAGCGAGAGAUCAGGGGAGUGGUUCGAAGCGGUUCGGGCUCUAGGUCGGUUGUGGUCCAGUAAUUUUAUGACUGGUGAAAGGAAUUUCCUACGUAAUAAGCGCUUAAAUAUACCCCCAUCAAACAGGGCUGGAG